UGACGCGGCACGCAAGGCGAUGGCGGCGCCGCAGGCGGGCGGGCCCGCUCUCUCUGCGCUCCCGGGGCCGGCGGGUGGCGCUGCCGGUGUAGCCGGUGUCGGUGAUGCCGGGGACGGGGCGCUGAUAUACUCGCAGCUCCUGCAGCAACUGGUGGGGGAGCGGCGGCAGCCGCGGCCUCUCAGCCCCGCAGCGCUCGGCGGCUUCCCCGCGCCCGGCAAGUCGGAGGAACAGAAGAUGGUGGAGCGGGCCAUGGAGAGUUGCGGCUUCAAGGCGACGCUCGCCUGUGUCGGAGGCUUGGUGCUGGGAGGUGCGUUUGGCAUCUUCACAGCGGGCAUCGACACCAACGUGGGCUUUGACCCCAAGGACCCUCUGAAGACACCGACGGCCAGGGAGGUUCUGAAGGACAUGGGGCAGCGCGGCAUGUCCUACGCCAAGAACUUCGCCAUCGUCGGGGCUAUGUUCUCAUGCACUGAGUGCAUCAUCGAGUCGUACCGUGGCAAGUCCGACUGGAAGAACAGUGUGCUAAGCGGCUGUGUGACAGGUGGCGCCAUCGGCUUCCGCGCUGGUCUGAAGGCGGGGACGCUGGGCUGUGCCGGCUUCGCCGCGUUCUCUGCCGUCAUCGACUACUACCUGCGCUGAGGUGGUCGGGGCCAAGCGAGGACGGGACGGGCUCCCGACCAACAACACCGACUGACGGGUGGCUGUGGGGCCGGGAGCGGGCUGGCUGGCCGGCUGUUGACGCCGAGUGUCUUGUGUCCGGCACUCACUACGGAACCGGGCAUCGAUCGAUCGAACCAAACGCCUGUUUUUGUCUCUACCGACGGCAUGCCAUUAAAGUACUGAACUGUCC